ACCCCCACCCUGCACACCCCCAAGGAGGCUGCCCUGGCAACGGUGACCACCCUUUAAAAGGCUGAAAACACCGAAAAACCCCCAGAAAAACGCUGCCAGUGAGCUGCUCUGGGGGCUGUCAGCUCUGUGAGGAAUGUUUGACCCCAGCGUUUUGGAUGUCCCAGCUGUAAUCUUUGACAACGGGUCUGGAUUGUGCAAGGCGGGGAUCGCAGGGGACGGUGGCCCAAGGUCAGUUAUCACAUCGAUCGUCGGUCGCUCAAGAGUCAAAUCUGCAAUGCUGGGAGCUGGGAUGAAAGAGUACUACGUAGGAGAAGAAGCUCAGUCCAAAAGAGGGAUCCUGACUUUGAAUUAUCCCAUUGACCAUGGCAUCGUUACAUCCUGGGAUGACAUGGAAAGGAUCUGGAGACACGUCUAUGACUACGAGCUAAGAGUGAAAGCCAGCGAAAGACCCGUGCUGCUCACAGAACCCCCCCUCAACCCCCUGCAGAACCGGGAAAGAAUGACUGAGAUCAUGUUUGAGGGCUUCAUGGUGCCCGCCAUGUACGUGGCAGUCCAGGCUGCGUUGGCCCUCUACGCGUCUGCCCGCACCACCGGCAUAGUUCUGGACAGCGGGGAUGGCGUCACCCACACCGUCCCCAUUUACGAGGGGUACUGCCUGCCCCAUGCCGUGUCCAGGCUGGAUAUCGCUGGCCGGGAUAUCACUGAGUAUUUUAUGAGGCUCCUUUUGGAGAGCGGAUACUCUUUCGUUAGCACCGCUGAAAGGGAAAUUGUGAAAGAUAUCAAAGAGAAGCUGUGCUAUGUGGCUCUAGACCCCACUCUGGAAAUGAAAGCAAGUCCAGAAGAAAUCAUGAAAGAAUACAGAUUACCUGACAGCAACAUCAUUCAGAUAGGCAGCCAGCUCUUUCGUGCACCAGAGACCCUUUUUGUACCUGCCAACGUUGGCAUUGAAGCAGCUGGUGUGCACAAAAUGCUCUUCAACAGCGUCACAAAGUGCGACAUCGAUGUGCGCAGGGAUCUGUAUGGCAACGUGCUGCUCUCGGGAGGCUCCACGCUCUUCCCUGGCCUGGAGGAGCGCAUCCUGAAGGAGAUGCACCUGCAGGUGCCUGUGGGGAUGCUCGUGAAAAUCAUUGCCCCUCCCGAGAGGAAGUACAGCGUGUGGGUCGGGGCCUCCGUCCUCUCCUGCCUGACCUCCUUCAAAUCAAUGUGGAUCACCGUGAGGGACUACGGGGAUUUUGGGGCAGCUGUCGUCCACCGGAAAUGCUGUUAAGGAGAACAUCAGACCAAGUGAGUGUCUUCAGAGCAAAACGUGAGCAACAGGCCCUGACGAGGGCUGAAUGAGCAGAAGGGGGCUAAAGCUGCUGCGCAUUUCCUGGCUGACAAAUCCUUUAUGGAAAUAAAACAUUAAAUCAUUGGUAACCGGGGCUUUGACUCCUCUUACUGCUUAUCUUCUCUAAGGGGAGCACUGCUUCUAUGCCUCACCAUUUCUUCCCUUUCCUUUCCUCACAGUCAAAGGGAUGCAGUGGUUCCCAGCUGACACACCGCCUCUCUAGGAGUCACCUGGGGAGCAGCACACCUCCUCUGCUGGAGGUUCUUCCCUCUGAGCUCUUUGCAAUAUCUGGGUUUUUUCUAUUCUAAAGCUAGAUCGCAUGUUAUUUCUAACCCCAUUAAAAAUGUUUCCUUUUGAAGCCCGGCAAACCCCCAAACAGAAUUCAAAUAUAAAUCAAUGCAAAUGCAAUUACUGUAGCCGACCCUCCUCUGUGCCUGAGGGCCUGAAAAAAUUCAUUGAUUCUCUGCUGCAAUUUAUCAGGGAAGUGUGAACACCCAGCUCCCCUCCCAAGCACCCAUUGCAGAUGCCACUGUGGGCUUUGUGAGCUCGGUGGUGCCAUGCCCUCUUGUGAUGCAGGGACAGAAUGCUCUGGUGCUGCUGGGUGCCUGGCAGGUCUGCCCAUCCUGUGCACAAUGUCAGGCACGGUGGCAGCCGGGGCACCCGUGGUGGUUUUUGACAAUGGCUCUGGGCAGUGCAAGGCUGGGCUGUCAGGGGAGCAGGCACCCCGUUCGGUUAUUCCUACCAUUGUGGGCUACCCCAAAUUCACGUUUGUCAUGAUCGGAAUGGAGCACAGGGACUGGUACGUUGGGGAGGAAGCCCAGUCCAAAAGGGGCAUUUUGUCUUUAACUUACCCAAUGGAAAACGGAGUGGUGACAUCCUGGGACAACAUGGAGAAGAUCUGGAGAUACCUGUACGAACACGAGCUCGGAGUGAAGCCCAGCGAGGGGCCGGUGCUGCUGACCGAGACCCCCCUCAACCCCCCAUCCCACCGAGAGAAGAUGGCUGAGCUGAUGUUCGAGAGCUUCCAGGUGCCUGCGCUCUACGUGGCCCUGCAGGGGCUGGCAGCCCUCCACGCCUGCGCCCGCACCACCGGCAUGGUGCUGGACAGCGGGGACGGUGUCACCGUCACCGUCCCCAUCCAUGGAGGCAGCUGCCUGCUGCAGGGCGUUACCAGGCUGGAUUUUGCAGGCAGAGGGAUCACCAAGUACCUGGCCAGGCUCCUCAUGGAGAUAGGGCACUCCUUCGUGAGCGCAACAGAGAAGGAGAUAGUCAGGGAUAUGAAGGAGAAGCUGUGCUACGUCGCUUUAGAUCCUAUCAAAAAAAUGCAGCAAAAGCCUGAAAAUCUGAUGUGUGAGUACAUGCUCCCUGAUGGAAGGACUGUCAAGGCAGGAGAUCAGCUGUUCCGAGCUCCCGAGGCACUUUUUGCACCCGCAGAGGUGCAAAUCCAAGGAGCAGGGGUGGUGGGGAUGAUCCUGCAGAGCGCUGCCAAGUGCAGCACGCACAUCCGGACGGACGUCCUGAGGAACGUGGUGCUCGUGGGUGGCUCCACGCUUUUCCGAGGCUUCAAGGAGAGGCUCCUGAAGGAGCUGCAGGCCGAAGUCCCCAGCGCAACCCCCGUCAAGAUCAUCUCGCCAAAAAAUCGGAUGCACUCGGUGUGGAUCGGUGCCUCGUUGCUCGCCAACUCAACAUCGCUUCGCAACAUGUGGGUGAGCAGGGAAGACUACAGCGAAGUCGGACCAACAGUGCUCCAGAGGAAAUCCUUUUGAGAAGUAUGACCGUCCAGGAAUUGUCUUAAAGUGCCAAUCUGAACAGCUGGAGAGCAGUUAAUAAAUCAGUACAAAAAUAA